CUGUUUGGCCUUUUACCUUCCUGAACAUGGCUGCCAUGAAGAAAAUACUAGUUGCUGCUGUUAUUGCUGCCAUCGCAGCUUUCAUUGGACACCGAUUUAUGAAACUAAAAGAAAUGUCCCUUGCCUCCAGAGAAGUGACUGUGAAACACCUCAACUGUCAUUAUUUAAAGAAUAUUGAAUAUGGAGCAGAGGAUAUCACAAUUCUAAGAGACGGCCUGGCCUUUCUAAGCACAGGGUUAAAGUUUCCUGGACUGCCUUGGUUCUCUGAAGAACCAGGAAAGAUGUAUGUUAUGGAUCUGCUUCACCCGAGGCCAACUCCAAUGGAGCUGCACAUCAAAGGAGAGCUGGACCUCAGCUCUUUCAACCCACAUGGCAUUAGUGCAUACGUCGAUGAGGCGGAUGAUGUGUACCUGUUUGUUGUCAAUCACCCUCAGCACAAAAGCCAAGUGGAGAUCUUUAAUUUUGUUCAGGGGAAGAACACACUUGUACACCUAAAAACUAUUACCCACCCUUUACUCCACAGUGUCAAUGACAUUGUUGCAGUCGGCGUAGAGAGCUUCUAUGCCACCAAUUCUCAAUCUUUUCCCAAUGAUGUGCUCAACUUUCUGACUACCUUGCUGGGUCUCCCCUGGUGUGAUGUGGUCUACUACAGUCCAAAGGAAGUGAGGGUGGUGGCCGAUGGCUUUCUAUCCGCAAAUGGCAUCAACAUAUCCCCUGACAAACGGUAUAUUUAUGUUUCAGAUAUCAUGGGCCAUUUGAUCGACAUUUAUGAAAGAAAAGAAGGAGAGCAAUUAAUGCACCUUAAGUCUGUAGCUGUUGGGUCCCUCUGUGAUAACAUUGAGGUGGACCACAAGACGGGGGACUUAUGGCUGGGUUGUCACCCAAAUGCCAUGAAGUUGUCAAUGUAUGACCCUGAAGAUCCACCCGGCUCCGAAGUCCUCCGGAUCAAGAACAUUCACUCAGAUCAGCCGGUAGUGAGCCAGGAGUACGUUGAUAACGGCCAUGUGCUCAUGGCCUCCACUGUAGCAGCUCCCUAUGAGGGAAAGUUACUAAUUGGCUCUGUUUUCCACAAAGCCCUGUUUUGUGAUUUGAAAUAAUCUGUGUAAUCUGUAUCUCACAA